CCUUUUUUUUAUAUGAUUUAAAUGUCGGACCAUGAGAAGCAUUAUUUGUGUCUUUUUAUGCACUUUAAAUAUCUGGUUUCAACUGGGUGUUUUAUUGAAAUCUUUUGAAAUCCCCUAUUGAAUGUAGGUUUUAAAUUAAUAAUUUUGAGAAUAUGAAGAUUUUGACCGACAAUGUGUCCUUGUUCACAUCCUCAUCAUUUUCUCCGAGCCCCUCUAACGUAACAUCUUCUUCCCGCCCCCUCCCCUUAGCAACAGAAGCAACAUGGCGGCGUCCAGUAACGCGGAGCCCUCUCCGGAGAUAGCGACACCAUUAAAGAUACCGAAAACCGAGGUGCCAUCUCCCGAGUCCGAGGAUUUGAGCGACAGCAUCCAAUACCACUCCAAUCCUUCGACACCGAACCGCUUCUCGCCUCUGAACGUGGGUUCUGGAACCGCGGGCCGGACGGCGGCCUCAUCCUCCUCCAACAGCUUCACCGCCUGCCGGGGGAUGUCAUGGACGCCGUCCGAGACAAACGCCCUCAUCGCGGUGUGGGGCAACGAGAGGCUCACGGAGGCGCGGAUGCAGCAGCUGGAGGUCGCGGGCACCGUGUUCUCCGGGAAGCCGCCCGGUCCUGCCAUGUACGAGCGAGUGUCCAGAGCGCUGUCGGACCUGGGGUACGAGAGAACCCCGUCCCAGUGCAGGGAGAGGAUGAAGACACUUAGGCGCUGCUACAGCCGUGUGAAGGAGCAUGGGAUCGGGAAGAGAAAGAGCAGCUACACCUUGGAGCAGCUGGAGAAGGUGUUCGGUCAGGGAGGCUGGGACUCUCAGAGCUGUGCCCCGGUGCUGAUCAACAGCAGCGGGUUGUACCAGGAGAUGGAGUCUGACGGCAGCACGCUGGAGGACUUCUCGCAGGAGGACUGGUGCAACCAGGUGCUGGACUCGGCCUUCCAGGAGGGAGACAUGGACACCGAAGAACUACAGGUGCCUAAAAGCAGAGCUCUACAGAUUCAAGCAGAAUUGUAUGAAUUAACCCAGAAAAGGGAGGCGAUGCAGACGGUGAUCCGCAUCCUGGAGUCGGUGCAGCUGAACUGGGAGCAUUUCCAGACGUGGACCGAGUUCUCCCGGCUGCACCUGUCCAACAAGCUGGCCAUCUUUGGCGUGGGCUACAACACGCGCUGGCGCGACGACGUACGCUACCACUACGCCGAGAUCAGCUCGCAGGUGCCGCUGGGCAAGCGGCUCCGGGAGUACUUCAACCCGGAGAAGCCGGAGGGCCGGGUCAUCAUGACCAAGGUCCAGAAGAUGAACUGGAAGAACGUCUACUACAAGUUCCUGGACAUCACCAUCAGCGAGGCGCGCUGCCUGGAGCUCCACAUGGAGGUGGACUGGAUCCCCGUGUCGCGGCCGCCGCUGGCGAGCAGCAAAGGCUCGUCCCACUACCUCCUGCCCGGUUUCGUCCCCAAGACGCACGGCCUGUACGCCAUCGGCUGCGAGGCCCUGCCGGCCUGCGACGCCGCUUGCACGCCGCCUCCUCUGGCCAACGACGAGGAGGACGACGACAGUAGCUCGCCCCGGCGGGAGGCGGAGAACGGGUCGGAGCGUGACGUCAGAACUGGGCCCGCCGUCACUUACUGCUACCUGGGCGUCGCCGAGGACAGGACCAUCCAGCAGUGCCUCUCCCAGCACUUUCAGGGACCCGGGAAGCACUGCGUCUAUGGGGAGCCGUCCGGCGUGACCCGCUUCCUGCAGGAGAACGGCGCCGGCGCUAGGACGGAUCAGCAUGGCGGAGACUCGCAGCAGCGCUGCGCCGUUUACGUGAAAUUCAUCGAGGUGGAGCUGGACUUCCUCUCGGCGGGCUCCCUGGUGGAAUGCCUGGAAACGGCCGUCGGUUAUUCCUUAAGGUUCAACAACAAGGAAACAUCGUAACCACCACCCCGUCGGUUUACAGAUGACUCUACAGCUCUGGUGGAGGCAGCAUCAAGCUGCGGGAUGCUCUUCUGGUUAAGCAGCUUAAAAAAAAAAAAGUAAAGAAAAGAUUUUUUUUUUUUUUUUUUGUCUCUGGCUGUCAUGGAAACAAGCGUUGACAUGUAACGUUCAUUUGUCGCUGAGGGAUGUAUUUACGUACGCAUCACCAGUUAAAAGCUGCCCACCAUAAUAAGCUCACCAAGUUAUUCAGAAUACUAAAUCCUUCAGUUUCGAUGCAGAGUUUCAUCAGAGUUCAAGUGUUCAAGCUGACGGAGUUUCUAAAUGAACAACAGUUUCUGCCUCAGUAUGAUCUGCAGCACUGACAACAGCGCUUAUUAUUGAAUAUUGUGCACUAAGAUUCUCCAGCUGCUUGUUAGGCUUUUUGUGACAUGUCUGAUCAGGGAGAGUAGGGCUGGAGGUCGGUAUCUGUGUGUGUGCGCGCAUGUGUGUGUGUGUGUUUGUGGGUGGGCGUUACGCUGCAGUAUGCAUCUGUCUACCUCAUUAAGACGUAGCAAACCAAGCAGUGAGGGACCACAGCUGGAUGUAUUCAGAAACUGCCUUCACAUGGACCGUUGGUUUGAGUCCACAGAGCAUCUAUGGGUAGAGGCGAAGUCAUGCCUUAUGUUUUGCACAUGUGGCGGGUUUAGCAAGCAAGAGAUGCUUCCACACAAACUACAGAACCGUCACUCCGCGGCCGGAUGGCGUGAGCCGGCGUCUACGGAGCCGACUGUAGGCCCGGACGAGGAAGCAGGAUUCACUGUUUUUUUGAGACAACGUCCAGCUCAGAUUAAGAUCUUCAAUGUUUACGACGAUAACUGAUAACUUGUUACAGGCCAGGAUUCCAGUAACCAAUCGGUUCCCUGCGAGAGAAUAAAUAAUAAUAUUAAUAAUAAUAAAAAAACAAAAAGAAAACAGUUUUACACCCGACCAGAAACAACUUCCUCAUGAAGUGUCUCUGGCGGAUCGUUAUGCAGCCUAGAAUCGUCUUCUGCAAACGUCUGAAUCACAUAAUGAUCAGUUCACCCGUUUACCAGUUUACAGCCCCAUUCUGAAUCUGUAGACAAACCAUUUCAUUCCCAUGUGCUAAGCUAUUGUAAAUCAGUUUCCUGUUAUGGUAAUAAAUUAAGGAGGUAAAUAACAAUAAAACGGUUAAAUGUCACAUUUAAAUUCAUUUAAUUAGAUGUUUUGUGUUUCACAAUAGAGCCAUUUAGGAGUGCAGUCAUUGCAGUUUUCUGGCCAAUCACCAAUCUCUUAAAAAGUCGCACCUGUUCGAUAAGACUUUUUAUUGGUUUUUAGGCCAAAGCCAAUAUUUUUUGUCUAAAAUAUAGCAAGAAGGUAUCUGAGUUGGCAACAAUGGGGUCACUGUUGUUAACUGCGAACGUACACGUCAGAGCAACAGAGGACAGUAGUUGAGUUUUAGACUUUUAGAUAAGAUCAGUUUCACAUAGAAGCAUCAGCCAAUCCCUGAUCUCCCAAAAUGAAGGAAAUCAGGGAGGAUCAAUCGGUGCACCCGUAGAUCUAUUGAUUGAGUUUUGCAUCCCUCCCCACAGUUUUUGUACAUUAGGCCCCAAAUCAACCAUUAAAAAUUUAUGUAAGUUGUCGAAGGGAGUAUUAAAUAGAAGUGCACUAAAAAAAACGUACCUAUAUUUAGUGAUUUCAUGCAAAAGAAUUGCCCGAAUUGGCGGGUCAGGCAUUUUAAAUAUCGUAGCUCGGCCAGAAAAUGCAAUCGGUGCACUCUGUGUAUUAAAACACAAAAUGACCAAAACUGUGCAGCAGCGACUUGCGACUGUGGAUGAAGCUGGUUGAGAUGUUUCCAACAUUCCUAAUAAACCAAUUAAACAUGAGUGCAUUCACCAGGAAUAAAAACAUUUUUUAAAUUAUUUUAUCUAUUUAGAAUAUUAGUAAUCUGAUAGAUUAAAUUGUAAAAUCCGGAGAUUGUAUUGACUUUAUAGUAGAUUAACAUACUGGAACCAUAUAAUGCAGACACUAAAUGGUUAAACUUGUUCAAAUAGUUCAGAUUGAUCUCUUGAAGAAGUGGGCAAAAAUUAAAAAGAACAUUUAAAUCCAAAACAAAGCCUGCCCACGUGGAGGCGCUGUUGGGUCACAUCUGUUCGGAAACCGCUAAAUCCUCUCCUGCAUCGUUUCUUGUUGCUCUGAUGCACAUGAACCUGCUGGGAUUUGUUCACAGUUUAGUUUGCAGCAACUCAGACCCAUCAUCAAAAAAAAAAAAACCCGGUUCUGGUUCUGGUUUGGAAAUACCUGCCAGUAGUUUGGAGCAUCUCUUGCUGCAGCCGCUGGCUGGUUGGUGAUGUAACGAUGUAACAUUUCAAAUGCAGACAACAGGAAACGUUUGCUGUGUUCAGAAGCCGACCCGACAGCGCUGCGGCUCAUUCAGGGCCCAUAAUAAAGCUGGACCCUUGAAAAGGAUCUGCAGGUUACGUGCAAUGAAUGUGCCAGGAAGCGACUGCGGCACACAACAAAACGUGGCGUGUCCAUAUGAAUCUAUGUAAUGUGAAAUACCAUAUAGCUUAUAUAAUAUAUAUUUGAGAACAUCGGUGUUCUUGAGCAUUCCAGCUUUUGUGAAAUUUAUUUGUUUGGGACAUCAAAGAUAUUAAAAAAAAUGAUAUUUUUACCUCAUUGAUUUAAUGCCAUGUACUGUAUGUGCUUGUUUCUAAGUCACCAUGUUGUCUGUUUACAUGUUUGAAGAACAAUAAAUGGGGAACUCUCUGUGGUUAGCCACAUACUAAAAGUAA